AUGUCUGUGUACUCGGUUCACCCUGCUGCGGCGGGUGGCGCGCCAGCCGCCUCUGGCGCAGGCUUCCACCACAGCGGACAGAAUCCUGCGUUUUCUGGGCACCACUCGUACGGGGGCACUUCAGGUCUGCAUCCGUCUUCCGGCGCGCGCGGCGGCAACUAUGGUCAGCCCCCUCAUAUGCAGCAAAUGCAGCUGCAGCACCUCCAGCAGCCGCCGCUCCCUCCGCCACCUCACCAGCAGUACCAGGGCUUCACGAAUGCCGGAAACUACUCCCAGCAGCACACGCAGUCCGCCGUCCAGCAGCUGCCGCAGCAAGGCCACCACCCCCACGCGUACGCGCAGCCUAACGCCGCCCCCGGCGCAGCCAUGUCGGGCGCCUCGGCGCUUGCCACGCCGAGCGCGACGGCGCCGGAUGCGUCGCUGUUGGCGGCUCCGCAGCAGACCUCCACGUUCCUGUUCGCCUCGCAGGGGGCCCAGGGCUCUUCGGGCGCGACGGGGCCUCUGAUGAUGGACGGCCAGGGCGCGGGCCCGCUCGCGGGGGCCGCGCCCCAGGUGGCGAACGGGACUCUGCCCCAGGGCUCCGACGGCGACCACGGCGCGCACCCUAGUGCCGCGAAGCCGCGCAUGCUGACGCCCAUGGAAGUCGCGCACUCCUUCGUUUACCAGUACUACUACAUGCUCCACGACACGCCCCUGGAUCUGCAUCGCUUCUACGACUUCGACUCGCAGAUGAUUCGAACGACUGACCGCGACGGGACUGCACCUCACACUGCGCCGCAGCACACGGACGUGCGCGCAGUCGGUCAGCGCGAGAUCUACCGCGCCUUCGAACGCGGCCGCUUCGAGAGGACUACGUGCCGCGUGCGCUUCAUCGACGCGCAGGAGAACAAGGAUGGCGGCAUGCUGAUUCUUGUCGCUGGUCGCCUGAAGCACGCCGACGAGGAACCCGAGAGGGAAUUUGUUCAGACCGUCUUCCUGGCGAAGCAAAAGGCGCCGCGAAACGGCUGGUAUGUGACGAACGAGAUUUUCUGCUACCUGGACGCCGCCGUGGAGGAAGUGCAGGGAGGUGUGAAGGAGGCCGCGGUGCCCUCCUCGCCGGGUCACGAGGCUGCGGCUCCGGACCAGGCUGCGGAGGCCUUCCAGCAGGACGCCGCUGCAGAGACUCCUGAGGCGCGCGCGGCGGCGGGAACAGGCGCAGUGACCAAGGAGGCCGCCACCACCGCUCCGGCCGCCGCCGAGGCCUCUGCGGGGGGCGCCGCCGCGCUGCCUGCGAGCCCGCGAGGUGCGGCGGCCAAGACUUCUCAGCAGCAGGAGUCCGAGAAGGCUGAGGAGACGAGCAAGGGAGCCGGCGCGACCGAAGGGAAGAAGGAGGGCACGGUGGGUGAGGAGAAGGCGGCCCCUGCGACGGAGGAGAAUGCGACCCCCGCAGCGGAGACGCAGGCUCAGCGCUCGCCCACGGCUCAGAAAGGCCCCCAGAGACGCCAGUGGAAGCGCGACGAGGCUGCUGUCGCGGAUGCGUCGGUUGCCGACGCGAACUGGCCGCGACCUGGGGAAGUGAAGCAGCAUCCGCAGAAAACCGAGGCGCAGCAACAGGCUGAGCAAUGCAACUACGACCCGAAGAGCUUCGCGUUCAAGGUUGUGCACAACGCCUCUCGCAAUGCAAGCGGCCCGAAGGGCUUCGCGGUGCCGGCUUCGAGGUCGCCGGCAACUGCGGCGAGCAACGGGCGCGCGAGUCCCUCGCAGGAGGGCGGCCGCGCGGGCGGCUCGCGCUCGGGCUCCGCCGCGACCGCGUGGAGUGCGCAGGGCGAGCGCGGGGACGCCGCGCGAGGAGACGCACCUCCGGCGGGCGCCAAGAAGCUCGUCGUGCUGUCGGAGAUGCCAGCUGAGUUCUCCGUUGACGAGCUGAAGAAGGCGGUCGCAGACCAGCUGAAGAAGUUCAACGAGGGCCAGGCCGUCGAGAUCCGCAAGCCCGCCAGCGGCAGAACGCUCGGCUGGUUCAUCGAGCUCGACUGCCGCCAGAGCGCAGACUACCUCAUGCAGCAGGGUCUCUAUGUCCGCGGGCGACAGAUGCGCCUGGACUUUGCACGCCAGCAGGGCCCCGGCGGCGCGCGCGGCCCGGGCGGAGCCCGCGGCGGUCGCGGCGGCGGGUGGAAGGCCCCGAACGGCCGCGGAGACUUCUACGGACCCAAGGGGGGCGAGCAGGGCGCCUUCGAAGAGGACAGCCGCCACCACGGCUCGCGCUGCGCACCGCGCGGUGAAGGCGCUAACGGCAACGCCUACUCGGGCGCCGCGGCCGCGCAGAAGGAAGGCGAGGCAGGAGCGGAUGGCGGGAUGUGGAUUGAUGCGGGAAAGAAGAAAAAGGCCGCACCGCCUUCCGCAGGAGCGCAGGGCGGAGGCGCAGUCAACCAGGGCGAGCGACGCGCCGGCUCUGGCGGGGCCCGCGCUGGCGGCGGGGCUGUGAGAGCGCGAGGCGGAGGCCCGCGCCGACCUGCAGGCGGCAAUGGCGAGCAGCAGGCCGGCUGGUCGAGAUGA